UCAAACCAUGGAUUCUUCUAAUACACAGAGGAAAAAAGUAGCUAUAAUUGGGGGAGGAUUGGUGGGUUCUCUAAAUGCUUCUUUCUUUGCAAGAAGGGGAUUCCAAGUAGAAAUGUAUGAAGCAAGAUCAGAUAUCCGUAAUUCAAGUGUAACUCGUGGCAGGAGCAUUAAUUUGGCCUUAUCUCACAGAGGACGGGAAGCUCUCAAGGCAGUUGGAAUGGAAGAUCAGAUUGUGUCUAAAGGCAUCCCCAUGAAGGGAAGGAGAAUUCAUACUCGUUCAGGGAAAAGAUAUACAAUUUUUUAUGGAAUAAAGAGCCAGUAUAUUCUCUCUAUAGAUAGAGCAAAUUUGAAUAAGGAGUUAUUAACUGCUGCUGAGAAGUAUACCAAUGUUAAGUUAUACUUUGAGCACAAACUGCUUCACUGCAAUGUAGACUCAGGGCUACUGACCUUUUCAGGAUCAGACCAAAUGACUAAAGAGGUCACCUGUGACUUAAUUGUGGGCUGUGAUGGAGCCUUUUCCACAGUUAGGAAGCAGUUUAUGAGACAAACACGGUUUGAUUACAGCCAAGUAUAUAUUCCACAUGGAUAUCUGGAAUUGAAAAUUCCUCCAAAAAAUGGAGAUUUUGCAAUGGAGCCAAACUAUCUUCACAUUUGGCCUAGGAACACAUUCAUGAUGAUUGCACUGCCAAACCUGGAUAAAUCAUUCACCUGUACACUCUUCAUGCCUUUUGAUGAUUUUGAAAAGCUUGCCACAGGAGAGCAAGUGCUGAAUUUCUUCAAAACUUAUUUUCCAGAUUCAAUUCCUCUAAUAGGAGAGCACGAACUGAUGCAAGAUUACUUUGUGCUACCAGCUCAGGCAAUGGUCUCUGUGAAAUGCUCAUCGUAUCACAUUGGCUCUCAAUGCGUGCUAAUGGGAGAUGCUGCACAUGCCGUUGUACCAUUUUAUGGCCAAGGCAUGAAUGCUGGAUUUGAAGACUGUCUAGUUUUUGAUGAGCUGAUGGACCAGUUUCAAAAUGACCUCUGCGUUUGCCUUCCAAUGUUCUCAAAGCUGAGGGUACCUGAUGAUCAUGCAAUUUCAGAUUUAGCCAUGUAUAAUUAUAUAGAGAUGCGGGAACGUGUGAAUUCAAGGUGGUUCAUUUUCCGAAAGCAUAUAGAAAAUUGGCUUCAUGCCCUCCUUCCCUCUAUCAUCAUUCCUCUGUAUACUAUGGUAACAUUCUCCAGAAUUCGAUACCAUGAAGCGGUGCAAAGAUGGAAAUGGCAGAAUAAGGUGAUCAAUAGAGGCCUUUUCCUCACCAUGGUAGCAGCAGCAGUGAGUGGCAUCUAUCUAUUCAGAAAUGGAAAAUUACCCAAAAUUGACUUUCGUAUAGAGGAUUUCUGGAGACAUACUUAAAAAUGGUGGAAAACUUUUAGAAACCAUUUGAGAUAGAAAUGAAUGCUUUCUGAAUAAUUAGUCUCUAUUUGAGAAGUUGGUCUUCCAAAUAUAAAAACACAUAUGGUAUAGAUGAAUGCUGGAUCCAAGACCUAAAUUCAUGUUCAUAUAGAGAAAUUCACUAUUAUUUUGCUAUCAUUGAACAUGUUAAGCUACUUCUAGAUUUGGAUAUGCCUUGCAUUUUAUCAUUGCUUUGCUGUCCUGCGUUUCAUUUGCAAGAAAUCUGCAAUAUCCCAGUUACAUCGUCAAUACAUUUUGAUAGAAGACAUUAGGGCGUUUCUAAGAUUGUUCUAACAUCUCAUCUUUGGUUCCCUCCCAUAAAAUAAUCAUUAUGGCAAUGCUUGGAGUUAUCUAAUUCAAUUAUUUCUGCAUCUUUUAAAAAUAUUUUCAUAUUAAUCCUGGUAUUCCAUUCUUCUCAAGUUCUAGUAUGGUGAAAAAAACAAAGUUGUUGGUUGGGAUCCAGUUGCCUAUUUCUUCUAGAACAGUUUCAGUAAUUGCAAUAGAAAGGUAAUGAUUCUCUCCUAUGUAAUUAUCUCCCUGCACAUCCUCAAAAUAUGACCUCGAGGUCUUUCAGGUUUUGUGGCAACAGUGAAAUUCAGCUUGCAUGAUACGGUAUUAGUUCCAUCCAAAGUUCUAAAUUGCAGGGGUGAAAUCUACUUAUCUUCCCUACCGGUUCAGAAGUGUGCACUCUACACAUGAUUUUGGACCCUCUGCGCAUGCGCAGAGGGUCAAAAACAGGUUACAUCCUGGUUAAAACCAGAAAGUAACAACGUCCAGGCAGGUGGGCGGAACCUCGUGCUGCUGCCCCUACUGGUUCUCCAAAUCACGCGCCACCACCGCUACUGGUUUGCCUGAACUGGUGUGAACCAGUAGCAUUUCAUUCCUGAUUUUAAGGCAGAUGGUUCUGGGUGGAUCGGAAGGUUAGCAGGCAAAUGCCUGGAAAAUAUGGUGGAAAAAUACCAAGAUUAGAAGAGUUUUCAAGUUCACAGAAGUACUCCAAGAAGAUUAAUGGAUGGGCAUGCGUAUGCUGAGAAGCUCAGAAGGCAGUGGUCCAGUCAGAAGACACUGGGAAAAUUAGGAAAUGAGGUCAGUGAGACAAUCCUAGAAAGAUGGGAGACAGCCAAGCUGGUGAGAAGAUGCUAUGAUGAUUGGUAGGUGGAAGAGCCAGCAGGAAGAGGCUGAGAAGGUGGGGUGGGGGCCAAAGUUGUGAAGAAUAGUGGAGCAGAGAAUAUGCACUAGGAAAAUUGGAAGUACAUUUGAAUUUGUUGUAUUUCUGAUUACA